AUGAGCCCCACGACCGAGGACGAGGGGAACCUCCGGGAGACGCUCGGCCUAGCCAUCGAGACCUCCAUGCGCCCCCAAGAAGCCAUCCGAGCGACCGACGAAGAUACGCUCAACCUCGCGGUCGAGCCGUUCAACAAGCAUGCGACCGCGCUGGGCUUGAAGUACUGGAUCGUUGAUCGAGACAUGCUCAGCGACUCGACGACGCUCUUCCAGCGUCUCCCCGUGCUCGAGAAGAUGCUCACGCAGAUGAGCUGCGAAGUCUCGGCUGUGGAGGAUGCGCCAUCGGACGACCAGGUGGUUGCUCGUGCAAGUGGCGGUGCUGCCCUUUUCGGCCACUGCUUUGGGUAUUCCGGCUCGUCCAGAGGCAUCGAGACCGCGAUCUUGCAACCACCGGCCGAGUGCGAGCUCGAAGCACCCACGAUCAGCACGGGCACGAUCGAAGUCUGGUUUGCCAGCGCCGGGGAGGCCAAGGACUUUGGGGCCACGGUCCAAGCGAACGGUUGCGCAGAGACACCUACUGACGCCUGCUAUCUGCCUCGGCGCGGAUCGGCCGUCGCGCACAUGACCUAUGCUCGCGCUCCCUUGAAAUCGUUCGAGUUGGCCGCGAUGUUGGCGCCGCUCACCGAGUCGGCGAUGGCCGAGGCCGCAAGCAUAACGGACGAGGCGACAGCCAAGGACUUCCUUCUCGACUAUGGCUCGCACGUGCGCAGCGGUAUCUUCCACGUCGGCGGUAUCUUCUGGAAGACGGUCCACAUCUCGACCGACGUGGACGUGAUGACUGCACAGCUCAAGGCUAAGUGUCCAGCCGGCCAGGCACCGGACGACCUUUCGAUCAACUACAGCAGUUUUCCGGACCAGAGCCGCGUCGACGCGUGCGAGAGCACUCUGGAGGACGAGCUGCGAACACCGUGCAACAUUACGACGCAGAUCGAGUGCACGGGGCCGGACGCGAUGAGCGUUGCGAUCUUCAAGCAGCGACUCGCCCUCGACCGGGCGACAUGGCACGUCAUUGACUACCCGACAACGCGCGUCCGCGUCUGGGACCUUCUUGCGGCCGCUGGUUGCGACCGCGCGGCGACCCUCGUGUGCGAUGCGUGGUUGGAUCUUGUCGAGGAAUCUGAGAUGACACCGGACGUCGAGGCGGCAGUGCACGCUGUAUAUACCGAGGCAUGGCUACACGAUUCCACCUUUGGCACCAACUCCAAGCGCACAAGUGCCAAGAGCGCGAAGAAGGCAGCCCAGAUAAUCGCCAAACAGCUCAACGCGGCGACCACCGGCAACAUCGAUAGCAAAGCGCUGGUCGACGCCAUCUUGCUCGCGCUCCGCUUCGAUACCCAGUUUGAACGGACGUUUCUUGUCGACUGCAUGCAAGAUCCGCGUCUGCACACGGCCUUGCGCCGACUCGUGGCGGCCAACGAUAUGAUGGCGAUGCUCGAGCUUGGUGCGAUCUACGCGCACGUCCUCGGAACCGUGCUGGCCGAAGCAGGUAUCAACCUGGACGCGACGGUCGACGAGGCGCUCAAGCGUGCCGGGCAGCUGGCCGAGCUCAAGAAGGUUGUCAACAAGCUUCUCGUGCCUCUUUACGAGUGGAGCGUGCCGCAGCUCGACGCCCGGGACGUCCCGAUCGCUCUCAAGCUCGUGCACGGAGCUUUUUUCGAGGCAGCUAUGCCGGACGGCGCGCAGCUGACGAGCCGCGUCGCCGAAUUGAUCGCGAGACACCACUUUCCUCCCGCGCCGGGCCACCACGAACUCUGGAGCAUUGCGCAGAAGUUUGGCUGCAGCGAGGAUGGCGUCGAGACCAGUCUUAGCGCAGAGCAUGUGCUGGCGAUGGCCGACGAGGUGAUGUUGACGCUCAACGGCUCUGCGAUGGCCGACAGCUCGGACGACGAGGCCAGCAUUGUGACGCGUGAGUUUGUACCCGAGGCCGACGAGCCGAUGUCGAGCACGAUCGAGGUUCAGCAGCCCAUGAGCCAUCUCUUGACGCACCGUCUGAGCUUGGUCAAGGAGCUCUACAACACGACGUCGGGGAUCAAACGCAAGCGCGUCGAUCGGCGGGCGCGGGAUGAAUCGCCUCGAAGUCCCGUGGUGUUUGAUGCGCUCUUGAGUCUUGUGGCCUCGCUGACGCCGACGGCCCGUGCCGAGGUGUACCGACUUCUUCUCGACCGCCGCUGCCUCGUGCCCUUCCUCGUGCCGUCGACAGAAGAUGGACUUCGAACCGAAGCACGUGCGCUGAGCCUCGUCGAGACGCGUAUCGUGCAAGGAAAAGCCUCGCUCAUGCGCGACACCUCGGUCAAGCGUGUUGCCGUCAUCUCGGAGCGACCCACGAAAAGCAGCGUGACAAAGGACUGGAUCAAGAACGUCUUCCACGUCGACUCGGUGCAUUGCCUCGACCGCACGCACGGCAACAACGUCACGGACCUCCCGGUGGUGGCCGAGCUCGGCUGGGGUUUUGUUCAAGAGAACACGGAGUUUACAACCGUCAUGGUGCUCCACAUCAUUGGCGACUACAUGCCCUUGGCGCCGUUCAUUACGCAGUUUACAGACGUCUUGCUCAUCGACACGGUGUCCAAGCCCGUGCGCAUGACGCUGCCCCGGGGCACCGUGCUCCAUUGGCGCCUCUCGGACGAAGAUGAAGACGAUACGUACCUCGACGACAAGACGCACAUGGUGUCGGUCGCGCUGGCGUGUCCCAUGUCGUCGUCUUGCGAGCGCAUUUCCGAGUAUAUUUUGGAUGAGCCCAGCGACGCGCCCAAGCUGCCGGUCGACCAGCUGCCGCUGCCAAGCCUCGUCAAGCGCGAUCCGUUGCUGCGAGCGCGAGUGGCAAGCCUCUUGGCCGACACUGAUUUUACGACGCUUCGCACGGAGACCUUGGUGCUCCAGCGGCGUUUUGCACACGAGUCGGCGCUGCGCAUUGCGUUGCAGCGUGAGACGAGCGUACCGAACCAAGAGAUGCUUCGCCGGCAGAUCGCCUUGAGUGCAGCCGACCACAAGAAGGUCUUUCGCUUCGUGUCUCGAACACCCCUGCUCGAGUAUUUUUUGCACGUUCUCCGGCUACCCGCAGUUGAAGACCGCGAGAUGCGCAUCAUCGACCUUGAACGUCGCCUUGCCGAGAGCUGCGAAGCAAUCACGGCCGUUGCGCGCGACGAGUGCAGUCGGGCGUUUGCAGCUCGCAGCGACAACGACAACGAGGACACGCGCUCAGCGUAUGCGUCGGCCCUCGAGACGUGGAGCAACAUGGUCACCGGCCUCGAGCAUCUCUGGCGCGAGCUCUCGCACAUUUUUACGGCCAACCCAGACGCGUAUGCAAACCUUCCGCAUCUUGCGGUCAAGCACUUACUUGAUGGCUUCCCGCUGGAGCUCAUGGAUGGCGAUGCCGGCAUGCUCAAUGACAAGUGGAUCCGCGCCGUGCUGCACUGCCUGGACGAGACGCUUCCCGAAGGCACCCGUGUGUUUGUGCUCUCGGUCAUGGGCGUCCAGUCGUCGGGCAAGUCGACGCUGCUCAACUGCAUGUUUGGCGUCCGCCUCCGAACGAGAGUGUCUCGGUGCACGUGCGGGUUCAACCUCCAGCUUAUUGCUUGCGACAACGGUGCCGUGUACGACUACAUCUUGCUACUGGACACGGAAGGCACCCAGUCGCCCGAGUACGUUGGUAUGGAAGGCACGGUGUGGCGCGACAACCGCAUGGCGUCCGUGGCCAUCUUGCCGGCGGACGCGACCAUCAUCUUGACCAAGGGCGAAGCGACCAACACGAUCAACGACGUGCUGCCGAUCGUGCUCUCGGCCUUUGCCAACUCGGAGCUGGCGGCGGCUUCGGGCGGUCAUCUUAUGUCCAAGCUCUACUUUGCGUUCAACCAGAUUGACGUGACGCAAACGAGCAGCAUGGCCACGAGUCUCCGAGCGCUCCUCGACAGUCUUCGCAGCAGCGCCAAGCAGAUCGCUGCCGUGCGGCAGUCGCAGUUGUCGACUACGACAAUGUUCCUUCGUGACUUUCACACCGACAUCACGAACGAAGCGCGCUGCGACGUUCGGUUUCUGGGUCUGACGCAAGGCCAGACGACACCGCCCAACGACGUGCCGCUGCCCGACUUUGGCGACCGUCUCGUCCGCUUCCGUGAUCACAUGCACACACGAGCCACGAACGAUGUUGCGUGGCAAGCGCGGACCCUCGGCGAGCUCGGCGAGAGCUUGGACUUGGUCUGGAUGUAUCUUCAGAGCGCCAACUUUGAGCUGGACUUUGCGUCGGCGCAUGAACGUAUCGUGUACGACCAGCUCGUGCAGGCCAUGGCAGGGCACACGCAAGAGCUCGCCAAGAUCUACAGUGACACGUUUGACGCGGUGCUGCAAACGAUAAGUGCCGACAGCGCAGCUGACCAGGCGCCGGACGCCAGCCGCAGCCGCAAAUACGAGAUCCUUCUCGAGCAUCACGUAGAGAACGCGGUCGCCACGCUGGACGCUGUCGAUACGUGGACGGACAAGAAGCAGCGGCAAGCGUCGCACUUGGUGCGCCUCGUCCAGUCGAAAGUCCAGCACCUCUUUGAGUUUGACGCGAUCACCAAGGUCUACAAGGAGGAAAUCCAAACGGCCAUUGUCGACUACAACUCCAAGUGCGGUCCCAAGAAGACAAUGGCGGCUUUUGACAGCAUCUUUGACGAUAUUUUGGACAAGGCGCGCAAAGCCAAGCCGCCGCUCGCCACACAAGUGCCGACGCUCGUGCGUGCCGUCAUUCACAGCAACCAUAUCUUCACCCCCGAUGAGCUUCGACUCUUGACCGGCGACGACGACUAUGGAUCCUGGCUCCAAGGUGUCGUGCGAUUUACAAGCAAAAUGCUGCAGGGUGCCAAGGCAUCGCGCGAGGAAGACAUCGUCGACGCCGUGCGCGAACGCGUGUGCAGCAGCCUCGCCGAGGUCGACCGCUACUCUGACGAUGUCGCGCUCUCCUGCGUGAUGAGUGUCAAGCGUCUUUUCAACUCGAUGCAGCUGAAGCAGUCCGAGCUCAGGGUCGGCCUCCGCACGCUUUACAUGACGCUCAAGACCGAGCUUCAGCAGCGGCAAGAGCGCUGGGACACAAUCAACAGCGUCGUUGCCAAGUUUGAAGCGUAUCGGCCGAGCAUGCAUCGCUUUGCGCAGAGCGUGUGCGAGGGUCAAGAAGCUGCGCAGCUGCUCUCGACGACGCUGAACGAGUGGCUCGAUCUCCACUUGCUGGAAGCGUUUGAAGAAGAAGUUGUGAGUAUCGUUGCGUCGGCACUCAAGGACGCGCGUUGGGUGCGCGUUGCUGACGCGAUGCAGGCCGCCUUGGACAUGGACCUCUUGCAGCUCAUGCGGAAGCGGGAGAUCGACAUAGUGCUCAAUCGCAUCGACGACCCGGUCGAACAUGCCGCGGCCGUCACGCGCCGCCUCGUAUUGGCCAAGGUCCAAGAGUGCUACCUCGGCGUCGCCAACAAGCUCGCACAGGACGUCGAAGAGAGCAUUGUGAGUGCGAGUGCCGCCGCGCGUGACGCCGUGAGCAAGCGCAGCGAAGUCUUUGUCCACGCACUUCGCCUCACGCUCCAGAGUCGGCUCAAGUGCAGCGGUACGAGCGCGCUCAUCGAGAGCCUUCCGUCGGCCGCGGGGGACGUUAUGAACUGCGACGACCAAGGGCCGUCUGUGUUUGCUCUCACGGCCAGCCGCGAUGGUCUCAGCGUCCCGCAGAGCCUUCAGGCGCGUCUGACCGCUUUGGACGCUCGUCUCACACCAUCAGCGGGCUUGAGCUCGACCAUGGCCUGGGAAGUUGUCAAAGUCAUUCAGACGGAAGCGUACGGUGCGGUCGACGGCAUCAUGCCGCGCUGCGGCAAGCCAUGUCCGCGCUGCAAGUGCCCGUGCAUCAAGGCGUUGGGCCAUGUCUAUACGAAGGACGAUGCGCUCCAUGACACGUACCACCAGCCGGGAGGCCUCGUCGGAGUUUCUUGGGUGAAAACGAGAGAGCUGGUUGAGUCGAGCUGUGCGACGAGCGUGGUCGAGAACGAUUACAUUGAGCUUCCAACCGGCAGUCGACCGUACACAGAGUUUGAGACGAUCUUUCCUGGCUGGGCCUUGCCUCGCGUGACCAAGUUUCUUCCGCUGCGCGAGUACAUUUUUGCACAGUGUCAGUUCAAGCUCGCCCGAAAGUACACCAAACUCAAGUGCGCGAACAUCCCAGCCUCGUACGCCAAUGCCCUUGGCGACCUUGAAAAGCAGCUCGAGCGUCUGCUGCGUUAAUCCGUCAAAUACGU